GCCAUGUGGUUGUGCUCACGGUUGAAUUUAAAUUCGUAAGUUGGACGCGCGUCUCGUGUUUUACGUGAAUUUUACGCACGGUACUUUGUCCGCCGCCGGUACUGCUUACAACUACAACAUCCCUAAGCAAGGAAGCAACACAAAAGGAAAUUCAAGAAAAAAGUGCAAGUGCAAGCAGUAAGGAAAAUAAAAGUAAAGCAAAUACAUAAGAGCCGAAAAUUGAAAUCAAAUUCGUCAAAGUAAUAAGCAAGAGCUGCAAAGCAAAAAUGUUUAAAUAUUUGUGUAAUAUUUAAUUUUUUUCCAUCUGUGCCGGCCGUGUGCGUGUGUGCGUGCGUGUGUUUGUUUGUGUGUCAAUAUGCAUCGGCAAGUCAAAGUGUAAAAAAGUCAAACAAAUUAUUUGCCAAACACAAAGCAAGAGAAGAGUAAACAAACAAAUUACAGAUACGCGCCAAAAAUCCACAAAAUGCUCGGCCUGCAAAUGUCGUGUCCCGUUGACGUCACAGGGCGCUUGUUGUUAUUGUUGUUGUUGUCGCUGGUCCCGCCAGUGCCCAUACAGGCCGUACAGCGCUACGAUCAAGCACCACUGGACGCCAGUUCGUAUUAUCGCAGUGGCGGCGGCCUGGCCGCCAGUGCAGCCACCGGUGGCGAACUGAGCGCCACCGCCAAUUCCGCCGAUGGUUUUCCGCAUCAUAAUCGAUGUGAGCCCAUCACCAUAUCCAUCUGCAAGAACAUACCCUACAACAUGACCAUUAUGCCCAAUCUGAUUGGUCACACCAAGCAGGAGGAGGCCGGUCUCGAGGUCCAUCAGUUUGCGCCGCUCGUCAAGAUUGGCUGCAGCGCCGACCUUCAGUUGUUCCUCUGCUCCCUCUACGUGCCCGUCUGCACCAUUCUCGAGCGCCCCAUACCGCCGUGUCGUUCGUUGUGCGAGUCCGCGCGUGUUUGUGAAACCCUCAUGAAAACCUACAACUUCAAUUGGCCCGAGAACUUGGAGUGCUCCAAGUUUCCGGUGCACGGCGGCGAGGAUUUGUGUGUGGCCGAGAACACAACCUCAUCGACGCCAGCGCCUACGCGCAGUGCCCCAAAAGUGACCACCAGGAAGAACCCCCUGGGCAUAGAGGGCUCCCAUCGCAACAUUGGUUUCGUCUGUCCCGUCCAGCUGAAGACGCCACGCGGCAUGGGCUACGAACUGAAAGUUGGUGGCAAGGAUCUGCACGAUUGUGGCGCCCCUUGCCAUGCCAUGUUCUUCCCGGAACACGAGCGCACGGUGCUGCGAUACUGGGUUGGUUCCUGGGCGGCAAUCUGCGUGGCUAGUUGUCUCUUUACGGUGCUCACCUUUCUGAUUGACUCGUCGCGUUUUCGUUAUCCGGAGCGUGCAAUUGUGUUUCUGGCUGUCUGCUAUCUGGUGGUCGGCUGUGCCUAUGUGGCAGGUCUCGGUGCGGGGGAUUCGGUUUCGUGCCGCGAACCAUUUCCGCCGCCGGUGAAGCUGGGACGGUUGCAGAUGGUAUCGACCAUAACGCAGGGCCAUCGUCAGACCACAGCUUGCACCGUAUUAUUCAUGGCAUUGUAUUUCUGUUGCAUGGCCGCAUUCGCUUGGUGGUCGUGUUUGGCGUUCGCCUGGUUCCUGGCCGCUGGCCUCAAAUGGGGCCACGAGGCAAUUGAAAAUAAAUCGCAUUUAUUCCAUUUGGUUGCGUGGGCCGUUCCCGCAUUGCAGACCAUAUCCGUGUUGGCGUUGGCGAAAGUUGAAGGUGACAUUUUGUCGGGAGUGUGCUUUGUGGGCCAACUGGACUCCCACUCCCUGGGCGUAUUCCUCAUUCUGCCGCUCUGCAUUUAUCUAUCGAUUGGCGCCCUGCUCCUCCUGGCCGGCUUCAUCUCGCUCUUCCGCAUACGCACCGUGAUGAAGACGGAUGGCAAGCGCACGGAUAAAUUGGAGCGCCUGAUGCUUCGCAUUGGUUUCUUCUCGGGUCUCUUCAUACUGCCGGCUCUGGGGCUGCUCGGCUGCCUCUUCUACGAGUACUACAACUUCGAUGAGUGGAUGAUUCAGUGGCACCGUGACAUUUGCAAGCCCUUCUCCAUACCCUGCCCGGUAGCACGGCCGCCGGGCACCGCCGAGGCUCGUCCCAUCUUCCAGAUCUAUAUGGUCAAAUACCUGUGCUCCAUGCUGGUGGGUGUGACCUCAAGUGUGUGGCUCUAUUCCAGCAAGACGAUGGUCAGUUGGCGGAACUUCGUGGAGCGACUGCAGGGCAAGGAGCCCCGGACGCGCGCUCAGGCGUAUGUCUAGUAUGAGACGGCUGGUGCAGCUGAGCCGGCGAAUGAGAGUUACUUAGUGUUUAGUACGUAGACGGCUACGAAUAUACAUACAGACAUAUAUACGAGCAUAUUAUAUACAUAUAAAUAUAUACAUAUUUGUGUGAGUCCAAUUUAAAGUAGAACGUAGAGCAUCAACUAUUCGUAUGCCUCAUCCAAUCACCCCAUUCACCCCAUUCACCCCACUCUGCAGUCGUAGUUGUAGUUGUAGCCUAGUGUUAUGGCAUUGAUCACAGCUUUGUAUAAAGUUCAUCUGAAAAUACAACAAAAUCAAAAGUUAACUAUAAGUCAACGUUUAAAGCUCCAAGUAAAUUAUACGAGUAUGUAAUUAAAAGAAAGAAAACAAAGAAGAAAAAGCUGAGCAUCUUUGUUUGUGCUAA